AUGGGAUCAGUGUUUUUCCCUGCAAUCUGCCUGAUGCUGGCUGUGCUUUACUCCAGGGCAGUAUUGGCUCAGUUCCCCCGGGUGUGUAUGCAACCAGAGAUGCUGCGAAGUGGAGAGUGUUGCCCAGGUCCGAGUUCGGACCCCGCUGACCGCUGCAGCUCCAGCCGGGGACGGGGUUCUUGCGUUGAGUUAGAGGCCGAUUCGGCCCCUCACGGUCCCCAGUACCCGCACGAUGGUCUGGACGAGCGGGAACGCUGGCCCUUGCGCUUCUUCCGCCGCGGCUGUCGCUGCGCUGCGAAUUUCGCCGGUUCCGACUGCAGCCUAUGCCGUCCGGGCUGGAGUGGGGUUGACUGCCGGAGCCCGGCUCUGCCGCUACGCCGCCGUCAGGAUGUGCUGAGCCUGAGUGACACCAACAGGAGGCGCCUUGUCCGUGCCCUGCACCUCGCCAAGGUCACCCCUCACCCUGAGCUAGUAAUAGUUAUCCGCCACCCUGGCAACCUGAGCGCCGGGCAACUGCCCCCUUUCCAGAACAUCUCUAUUUACAACCUGUUCGUCUGGAGCCACUAUUACUCAGUCAGUAAAACCUACCUGGGCGAGGGUCGCACCUUCGGGGGCAUCGACUUCUCCCAUGAGGGGCCUGCCUUUCUCACCUGGCACCGCUACCAUCUACUGCAACUAGAACAAGACAUGCAGGUGAUGCUGCAGGACCCCACAUUUUCACUUCCAUACUGGAACUUUGCCACAGGGAGAAAUACCUGUGACAUCUGCACUGAUGACCUAAUGGGAGCUAGAAACAAUUUUGACCCAACGCUAAUAAGUCCAAACUCGAUCUUUUCCCAAUGGCGUAACCUCUGUGAAAGUUUGGAAGACUACGAUACUCUGGGAACUAUCUGCAAUGAUACUGAGGGUGGUCCUAUCCGACGGAAUCCAGGAGGGAAUGUUGCUAGACCAAUGGUGCAGCGUCUCCCUGAUGCUCAGGACGUAGCAAAAUGUUUAGAAGUAUCUGAUUAUGAUACACCACCUUUCUACUCCAAUUCCGAAAAUAGCUUCCGAAAUACAGUGGAAGGUUAUAAUGAUCCUUCAGGACUGUAUGAUCCAGCAGUUCGCAGUUUACAUAACUUGGCACACUUAUUUCUUAACGGAACUGGUGGACAAACCCACUUGUCUCCGAAUGACCCUAUCUUUGUUUUACUGCAUACAUUUACUGAUGCAAUCUUUGAUGAAUGGUUGAAGAGGAGUAAAGCAGAUUUAUCUGCCUUUCCAUUUGAAAAUGCUCCCAUAGGACAUAAUCAAGAGUACAAUAUGGUUCCUUUUUGGCCUCCAGUCACCAAUGCAGAAAUGUUUGUACCUGCAGAAAAUCUUGGCUACACCUAUGACAUUCAAUGGCCAAAUCAGCCACUUUCAUUGCUAGAGAUGAUAACUGUGGGAAUCAUAUCUGCUCUACUUUUGGUUGCUGUGGUUUUCACAAUCUCCACGCUACUUUUACGCCGCAAAAGAAGAAAACUGUCAGCAAGUGAACUGAACCAACCUCUCUUACAGACUCCAUAUCCACACUACUCUGAUUAUGAUGCACCAACAGUGCCCCAAAAAGCAGCACCAUCGAUCUGA